AUGUCUGUGCCCAAUAUUGAAAUCCUCACCAUCAAUGAUAAGUCUCCAGAAGAAAUUUCAACAGAACCAGUGGUUCCUCAUGAACGUCAAAUCGUUGAUAAUGUCAUCAAAUUAUGGAAAGAAGAUUCUGCAAAUGAAGAUCUAGGUGUCUCAAAAUUACAUGCUUUAGUUAAAGAAAACAAUCCAAAUUGGUCUUUAAGUGAAAAAAGAUUGAAAACAGUUUUGAAAAGCUUCAAUUUAUUAAACAGUGCUCAACAAUUCACUUAUGCCAAUGAAAUCACAUCUAAAGAAACUCCGAAUUUAACACUUCCCAAAAAUGUUCGUUUACAAUUCACUAAGAAUAGAGGGAAAGGUCUUUAUUCAACAAACUCUUUGAAAGAAGGUGAAUUAAUUUGGGAAGAGAAAACUCCACUAUUUUUCAUUCCACCAUUGGAUAGAUUAAAUAUCAUUGCAAACUCAAAAGCUUGUACUUAUUGUGGUUCUUUAAUAUCUACAAACAAUUCUUCAAGAUCUGUUUUGAAAGGUUUGGACUGUAAUGUUUGUAAAGAUGUUUGGUGUUCACAAUUUUGUAAAAAGACUGACAAGAUUCAUCAGUUAUUAAAACAUAAUGUUUAUCAUGAUGAUACAACCAAGAAAUCAAGUAAAAAGCAAAUAAUAUCUUCAAAUUGGAUCAAAUAUGAAACUUUUUGUCAUGAUAACAAAUGGAAUGCUGCUUUUGCCGUGGGAUUAAUUCAUGCUUAUUGUAUAAAUGAUAAAUCAGGUGUGCUUUCAAAACAAUUUGAUGCAAUGGCUAAAGUUAGACAAGAUAUUAGAUAUAAGGCUAUUGAUUCUUCAGGUAUUGGGGCAAGUUUUGAUAAUAGUAAUAAUGGCGGUGGUGCUCUUUUCGUUAAAGAACAACAAGUGUCAUUAUGGAAACAAGGUCAUGAAAUGUUUAAUUCUAUUUUCCCAUUAAAUCAAGUUUCAUAUGAAGAAUAUCUAACUUUUUUGGGUACUUAUAACAUCAAUAACAUUGAUAGUUCUUUGUUCUUGAUCCAAUCACACUUAAACCAUAAUUGUGAUCCAAAUGUCCGUGUUGUGUUUGGUGAUAAGAAAACGGAUGGUAUUAAAGUUUAUGCUAAAAGAGAAAUAAGGGCAAAUGAAGAAUUAACGACAAGUUAUGUUAAUCCUUCACAUUCAUUAAACCAAAGAUUAAGAGAACUAAGGGUCAAUUGGGGGUUCAUUUGUAAUUGUAACAAGUGUAAAGCAGAUGCUAAAUCGAUCCAGAGAAAAAAAUCCAAUGAAACUGCUUCAUCAAAUACCAAAAUGGAGAUUAAAAAAAUGUUGGUUGAAAACCAUGAUGGUAAGGAAUUUGAAAUUGAAUCUCCAAAUGAUCUUGAAGCAAAUACUGGUGAUAGGUCAAGAAGAAAAUCCGUUAGAUUUGAUGAAAAAGUCAUUGCAGUUAAUAAUAAUGAGAAAUGA